ACCUGUUUCUGAUAUGUCAUCUGAUGAUUUGAGUUAUAAUACUACUGUGAUAAAUGGAAUUGAAGAGAGUGGUCAGUCGGUUAAUUUUGAUAAUAUUUUUUCCUCGUUUGGAACUGCCGUUUUAUCUACUUAUAUUAUGCUUACUGGUGACUCCGCUUCUUUAUCUUUAUGGGCUCUACGUGAUAACUUUGUUCUGAUCAUUUUAAUGGUCGCAUUUUCAUUUUUGACUAUGAUAUAUUUAUUAAAUUUAUUUAUUGGAAUUCUUGGUAAAAUUAUUAAUGAAACUAAUCAUGAAGAAUCAUUUUUGAUUCAUAAAGCCAAGGUAUUGGCUGAAAUUGAAAUGUUUUAUAU